AAACUUUGCUUCUAGGCAAUGUCUCUAUCCGCUUCUAGGCGAAUCUGUCGCCGAUACAAGCACAUCAUCGCCCGAUCUCCUGAGCCCGUCGUCGCCCAAGAUGACCGACGCCCAGCUGAAUCCACCCAGCCCUGAUUCCACGCCCAUCCACAUGCACCCACCCGAGCCCACGCAGGAUAAGAUGCCCAACAGGCUGGAGGAGUCCGGCGUCUUCGACGGAGGUGGUGGUGGAGGAGGAGGAGGGGGAACGGCCAGCGUUAUCAGGUCUCUUCCAGUGAUAAGAUCUCAUAGUCCCCCAAUUCGACCCGCCCCGCCCUUCAGCCCAUCGCAACCCCCCCGACCUCACAGUUCGCCGGGUCGACCAGCCAACAUUAGUCCUCGAGCCAGUCCUGUCAUCAGACACACUCCUCUUCUCCUACAAUCCUCCUCUAGUCCAAAGCCAGCAGUAUACAAGCAAGAACCCACGUCAGUAUACAAGCAAGAACCCACGUCUUCGAUACCUAUCCUCAUGCCCAUAUCUCCAAUGUCACCCACUUCUAAUCCCCCGAGAGGAGUUAUCAUAAACCAGCAAGCGGCGAACUUAGGUCAAAGUCCGCAGCUUUGGUUGAAGCAUUCUAGAAUUAACGGAGUGAAGCCUGAGUUAAUAGGAGGUACUUUUACUAGUACACCUGAUAUUAAACCACCUUGUAGUCCAUUAAGUAGAACCGUAGGGAGCAUACCAGUGAGGCAAACGCCUACAGUGAUUAUGGGAGAAGCUGGUGGGGUAAGAACGAUGAUUUGGUCGCAACCUAGUCUGUCGAAUUCACCCGUAGAUCCGCAACUUCACCCUACAACUUCUAACUGGCCUCCCGUUAGCAGUCCCGAUGAAAGCGCAGCUCAAUUAUUACUCAACCUAGGCCAAGACCGGUUAAGGCCUAUGAGCAGAAGUCUAAUACCUUCACCGUCGCCCACGUCGCAGUUUAGCACUUCUCCUUUGAACAUGGAGCGGUUAUGGGCGGGAGAUCUUCGACAGCUACCAACGACACAGCAAACGCAAGCUCUCAACUUAACCUACCCUCCCCCAGGACCUGGUCCCGUGAUCUACGACCAGAACGAUAUCAAGCCGCAGGUCGUGGGGGACCAGCAAAGCGAGCAUCACGAGCCUCAAGAGGAGGAGGAACAGCCCAUGAUCUGUAUGAUCUGUGAGGACAAGGCAACCGGCUUGCACUACGGGAUUAUCACUUGUGAAGGGUGUAAAGGGUUUUUUAAGCGGACUGUACAAAACAGGAGGGUGUAUACUUGUGUGGCUGACGGGAAUUGUGAAAUUACGAAGACGCAGAGGAAUCGGUGUCAGUACUGUAGGUUCAAGAAAUGUAUAGAGCAAGGAAUGGUAUUACAAGCUGUCAGAGAGGAUAGGAUGCCGGGCGGCAGGAAUAGCGGCGCGGUAUACAAUCUUUACAAAGUGAAAUACAAAAAACACAAGAAACCGUCUACUAAACAGCAAAAUAAACCCCUAGAUAAAACCAUGAUCGGGCAACAAUUCAAGCAAGAGCAGCCUCCCAGUAUUCCCUCCAACCUAGUCAAUGGAACUAUUCUGAAAACUGCUUUGACCAAUCCCAGCGAAGUCAUACGCCUUCGACAGAGAAUUUCAUUAUUUGAAUCUGACUUGACCAGUUUUUAUAGAUUGGACAGCGCCGUGAGCAGCUCCCGGGACAGGAACUUCUCCGUGGAGUACUCUUUAUCUAUGAUAAAGACCUUGAUAGACUGUGAUGAGUUCCAAGACAUAGCGACCUUACAGAACUUAGACGAACUGUUGGACCACAACACUGACCUAAGUGAAAAGUUGUGCAAUAUCGGUGACUCUAUCGUUUAUAAGUUGGUGCAGUGGACUAAACGGUUACCGUUCUAUUUAGAAUUGCCGGUCGAAGUGCAUACGCGACUGCUGACGCAUAAGUGGCACGAGCUGUUAGUGUUGACGACGUCCGCUUACCAGGCCAUACAUAAGGCCUCCGAGCAGUUGACGACGUUGUUAGAGACGGAUUUUACGCAAGAGGUGAGUCGAACUUUAAUACGUAUCAAAAAAUUUAAAAAAUCUUAG